AUGGACAUACUUGAGUCGCUAUUUCAAACAAAAAACGCUAAUUUUAUCACGAACAAAGACGCAAAAGAUGAAGACGAGAUUGCUGAUGAGGCAGAAUCCGGUAGUGAUGAAGCAGAUGCCGAGGAUCAAAAUGGCGAGCCACCACCGAAACGUGUGAAGCGAGAACCAAAGCAGCAGAUCCUCGCUAAUAGAAGGAGUAGGCCAGAACGAGGCAAAUUCACGAUUCUCGACGGCACAUCGGUUGCCGAACCGGACGAGAUUCUCGACAUUGACUUCGACGCUGACCUACUUCAGAGGAUAUUUCGCGAUUCCCGUGUAGGUAUACAAUUUUUGGCCCGAUAUGGAAUCAUUCCCAACACGAGGGAAUGCAAAAUCGAAAGCUGUCCCAAGGAGCAGUUGAUGAGCCUCAUCAAACAUGCGAAUGGAUUUGUGUGGAGGUGUCGUUCGUGCAGAAAACGGCGAGAACGGCGCGUGAUAACAAAAAUUUCUGUCUAUGAAGGCACAUUUCUCUUUUUCUCUCGAAUGCCAAUGAACAAGUUUUUCAUAUUUAUGCUAGUAUGGUGUGAAAACGCUGGCUAUACUGCUUCUGAGUAUAAUCGACUUUUGGGAGAGUUCCGACUUGUCGAAGAGACGAUUCACAACACUAUCGGAUUCAUACGAGACCACAUACAGAGCUGGUGCCUACUUCAAUCGUCAACGUCACCAAUCGGGGGAAAAGGUCACAUCGUAGAACUACUCGAGACUUUGCACACCGAGGAUGUUUCUGCAAAGCACAGAAGCCGACGUGAACGCCGUUUCUCCAUGCGACUUGUACUCAUAUGCUGGAACACGAACGAGAUUGUGACCGUUGAAUUACCCGAUCGACAGUUUUUGCCGAAUACAUUGGUCAAAACGGUUGAGAAGAAUGUGAAGGUCGGUUCGACGAUCGUUAUGCGUGACUUACUGAUGAAAAGAUUCGGAGAAAAAGAGGAGCUCGAUGCAAUGUUGGAAAAUCACACUCUUAAAACGAUUGCUGAUGUUUGGUGCGAUAUGGAUGAAGAGGAAAGAGACAAGCAAUUCAUGAAAACGCUUAUGGAGUCGGUGCAACCGCUGCCAGCCGAACCGUUCGCCUACGAGUACUAUUUUCGUAGGACGUUCAUCGACAAACCGUUCAAUCAUUUACUUAAAGCAAUUCGUGAGCUCUACACUGCUCACCAAUCACAGUCUGAAGGAUAUUAG